AUGGAAACAAUCCUGAAUGAUACGAAGACCUUUACUCAAUUAGACUCUGAUCCAACUAUACAGAAAGAAGAAAAACUACAGAGGAAAUUAUUAAAAUUAAAAAACUCAGGAUUUAUAACCGAAACUGAAUAUUAUUUUGCUCGUCCUGUAGGAUCUCAACCCGGAAACGCUUAUGGACUUCCCAAAAUCCACAAAAAAGAUAUCCCAUUACGUCCUAUCAUCUCUACGUGUAACACAUUCUGUUAUAAGUUAUCCAAAUUACUAGCAAAAAAAUUAAAACACUUAAGAGCAAGUUCAUCCAUAGUUACCGACACAUUUAAAUUCGUUGAUGAACUUCAAAAGUUAACAUUUCCUAAUGGAAAAAUUAAAAUGAUAUCUUUCGAUGUAAUUUCAUUGUUUACAAAAGUUCCAUUAGCACGUACCAUUCAACUUAUAUUAGAAAUGAUGUAUGGACCUGAGCACACUUGCACUUAUAAUACUGAAAUAAAACGUGACGAAUGGUGUAAUAACUGUAGAAAUAGAUAUGAAUUAAAAUGUUUAUUAGAAUUCUCAACCGAAGAAUCCCAUUUUUUAUUUAAUGGAAAAAUCUAUUGCCAAAAAGAAGGGAUUGCUAUGGAGAGUCCGUUAGGGCCGUUAUUUGCUGAUAUCUAUAUGAAUUAUUUAGAAUCCAAACUAAAACGUAGAUUAGAUCAUAAUGGAAUAUUAUAUUGGAAACGUUACGUAGAUGAUUGCUUCGUAAUUAUUAAAGAAAAUGCUGACACCGACAAGUUGUUAGAUAUUGUGAAUAGUUUUGAUAUUGAUAUACAAUUUACAGCAGAACCAGAAGUAGACAACUGUCUCUCAUUUCUUGAUAUUUCGAUCACUAGAACACUAAGUACCUCUGAGUUAAAUUCAUUCUCAACAUCUAUUUAUAGAAAACCUACGUUUACUGGACUUUUAUUAAAUUGA